AUAGAGAGUAAACACCUAUUGAAAACGACAAAAAGUUCUUAUUCACAGCUAGGGGACUGACGACUGGUGCUAGAACAGGAGGGAAACGACACGGUCUAUUACAAUUUAGCCCAGUUCCGUGCUUUAUAUAAUUUAGAGGUUUUUGAAUAUGUCAGUGCGCAUGGUCACUCCUUUAUGUUACGACAGGAAUGUUCAUCUGUGUGUGUGUUCUCUGAGUUGCCUCCAUGAGUGUGUAUGAUACGUUAAUAGACAACAGGAAUAGAUACUUGCUGAACAGAGGUGAUUAUUAUGGCCGCCCCGGACAUGUCUUCGCAGAGUGGGGGUCAUGAUGUGGAGCUGUUCGUAGAGACCCCAGACUAUGACCUGAUCUGCACCAUUUGCCAGGGGGUCCUCAGGUGCCCAGUAAGAGCUGCAUGCCACCACAUCUUCUGCAAGAAAUGCAUUUUACAAUGGCUGAAGAGACAGCAGACCUGCCCCUGCUGCAGAAAGCCUGUCAACCAGAGCUUGAUAUUUGUGAUGUUCAAGCUAAGCAAGGUGAUCGGUCGCCUAAAGAUCAAGUGUAAAAACAAGGUCCGUGGCUGCCCGCAUACCUUAGCCCUGUCAGAGCAGUACUGCCACAGCAUGAGCUGCCUGUUCGAGCUCAUUCCCUGCCCCUACCAGGGCUGCCGUGCCCAGCUCCUCCGCAGGGACCUGGAUGCCCACGCCAGGCACUGUGAGCACUGGAGCCAACCCUGCCACAUGGGCUGUGGCACCGUGCUGUCCCACCGCACCCAGGCCAAGCACAACUGCUACAGGCAGCUGAGGCAUGAGUACGAGGCCAGGCAGAGGAACCACCGGGCCAUCGCAGCAGCCCUCCAAAGGAAGAUGAGGAGGAUGCAGAGCACCAUGGCCGACAUGAAGAGGCAGAUCGGCCUGAUCUGUGAGAGCCUGGAGGUCAUGGACGAACUGGAGGAGGUGGAAGAGGAGGACCUGGGUGAAACCAGUGGGAGUUUCAGUAGCAGUAACAGCAGCUCCUGAGUCCUGAUGCAAUGUAUUUAUAAAAAUGACUCCCACACACAAUUAUCUCUGACACUUGAACUGUUUAGGACUAUGCAGAUUUAAAUUUUAUUCCUAGCACUAAGUAUGAAAGACCUGUGGAAAUUGAAUUUUCAGGGAUGGACUGCUUCAAAUAGCACAUUUAGUCAUAAUUGCUUUGAGGGUGUGUUGAUAUUGAAACUUCAUAUUUCAUUUGAAAAUGUAUAAAGUUAGAACAAUUUUGUACUAUGUCUUUUAACAUUUUGAUUUGUAAAGGAUGAUAUAUUUUACAAAUAAAGUCAGCAACCUUUAACCUGUG